AUGAAAAUGGAAGUUGGCAUAAGAAAUCGAGAUAAAGAAAUGCUUCUUAGUCAAAGAAAGAUACAUGAUUCAUCAGGUUUAUUUUUAGGGAAGUCAAUGACACAUGUUUCUUGUACUGAAAAUAAAAAGAAAAUAGAGGAGAGUUAUAAGAAAUCAAAUGAAAAGAAAGGCCUUGAGGAUAGGGGAAAUUUGAAGGAAGAAGUAUGUAUAGCGUCAUCUGUACCAACACAAUUAAAAAAAGCCACGUUGAAGUUUCAUCGUAUAUUUUCUCUUCUUGAACGUGAAACUCAGGGUCAUAAGGCUAAAGAAAAUGAUAAAGAUAAGAUUGAGAAUGGAGACAGGGAGCUUAGUAUGUUAUUAAAGGGUCGAGAUAUAAGUAAAGAUGAACUCGAUGAAAAAUCGCAAAUAUCUAAUUAUAAUAAUGAAAACGUUUCCGAUUUUUUUACACUUUGUUCUGAUGGUACUCAUAUUCAUACAUUUCGCAAGGUUUUUCGGGGACAUAAGUUUCGUUUUCUGCUUCGUGAUUUACUUGGAAUCAUAAAAAAAGGUCGUGCAUAUGCUUUGGAGAACUUUACUCCAAGUCAUUUGAGCUUUAUUAAUAGAUGGAUUGAUAAAAUGAAGCCAGAAAGAUCUAAUUUAUCCAGGAAGGGAAAGAAUUUUGUGAAUUCUAACUCUAGUUUGGCUGAAAAGUAUGGAGAUUGUCAUGAAAUUAUAGGAAAAGGUGCUUUUGGUAUUGUGCGUAUUUCAUAUAAAGUAGAUCCAAAAAAUGCACAUGCUGAGCAGCUUUAUGCUGUCAAGGAGUUUCGUAAACGACCUACCGAAUCUACAAAAAGAUAUACAAAACGUCUUACAUCUGAAUUUUGUAUUUCUUCUGCAUUGAGACAUCCUAAUGUUAUUCAUACUCUCGAUCUUUUGCAGGAUUCUAAGGGCGAUUAUUGUGAAGUUAUGGAAUUUUGUGCUGGAGGCGAUUUGUAUUCUUUAAUUCUUUCAUCUGGAAAACUCAACAUAAUAGAAGCUGAUUGUUAUUUUAAACAGCUGAUGAGGGGUGUAGAAUAUAUGCAUGAAUUAGGGGUUGCACAUAGGGAUUUGAAACCGGAAAAUCUUCUUUUAACACACAACGGUGUCUUGAAGAUCACUGAUUUUGGAAAUGGUGAAUGUUUUAAAAUGGCUUGGGAGAAAAAAGCUCAUUUGACUUGUGGACUUUGUGGUUCUGUCCCAUAUAUUGCGCCUGAGGAAUAUAUAGAUACAGAGUUCGAUCCUCGUGCUGUUGAUAUUUGGGCAACUGGUGUUAUUUACAUGGCAAUGCGUACUGGGCGUCAUUUAUGGCGUAUAGCAAAACAAGAUGAAGAUGAAUUUUAUCGAGAAUACCUUCAAAAAAGGAAAAAUAAAACCGGUUAUCGCCCUAUCGAAUCUUUACUCAAAUCAUGCUGUAAGAAUGUAAUAUAUUCCAUUUUAGAUCCCUCUCCAGAGUGUCGUAUUACUGCUAAAUAUGUACUUCGUUCCGAAUGGGUACAACGGAUUUUACUUUGUAAAGCUGGUGAAAUUGGUUUAUGAAACUAAUUAAUAUUUGAUUUCUUAAUAAUCUCGUUUUUCUUG